AUGGUUUCUCUUAAACUUACUAGCUUAGCUGUGUUAGCAUCAUUGAUUUCAAGUACUUUAGCUACUCCUCCAGCUUGUUUAUUGGCCUGUGUUAGUCAGGUUGAAAAGAAAUCUUCGUGCAGUGGAUUGAAUGACUUACUGUGCUUAUGCUCAAAGUCAUACGACGACAUCGAAUCAUGUUUGAAGAGCAUAUGUCCGAAUGGCAGCAGUAGCGACGCAGUCUCUGCACUCAAAUCUAGCUGCUCUGACUAUUCGAACGACAGUUCAAGCUCUGAAGUAGCUAGCUCUAGCUCAGCAGAAUCUUCAAGCUCGUCUGUCUCCAGCUCCGGUUCUAGUUCUAGCACUAGUUCUGGUUCUAGUUCUGGCUCAAGCUCAAGCUCAAGCUCAAGCUCCGCUGUUGCAAGCUAUGCUGCUUCGAGCUCAGCUGCCUCUUCUAAGCAAGAAGCAGCUGGCUCUUCUGUUGCAGCUGAAUCUACCUGGGCUGCUUCAACUUCUGCUGCUGUUGAAUCAUCUGCUGCUGCUUCUGAAGCACCAUCGACUCUUGAAACAUCCGCCACAUCCUCAGUAGAAUCUACGCAGGCUCCUACUGUACAAUCUGAAGACUCAGGUGCAGUUAAGGUUAUUUCAUUUGGUGCUAUCGUAGUCGGUUUGAUGGGUGCUUUCUUAUAG